AUGAAUGAACCAACCCUCAACCAUGAGCCUGUUAUCGUGCCUGAUGAAGAGAAUGGCCUCGACGGUGACUCUUCGAUUGGAUCUAGCAUUGCCUCGACUUCUGAAAGUCUGAGAAGUUCCAUACUAGACUAUCGAAAGGAAAACGGCAGAACAUAUCACCGAUACAAGGAUGGAAAGUAUAAUCUUCCCAACGACGACCUUGAGAAACAGAGACUUGACCUCCAACACAAUAUGACCAUCAUGAUGCUCGACAACAGACUCGGUCUGGCUCCCCCGAACGACCCUGGUGCUAAGGUCAAGCGCGUUCUUGACGUGGGCACAGGUACUGGAAUCUGGGCAAUUGACUAUGCGGACGAGCAUCCCGAUACACAAGUGGUCGGGGUCGAUCUGUCACCAAUUCAGCCGGAUUUUGUUCCUCCGAAUGUCGAGUUCUUCGUCGAUGAUAUAGAAGAGCCAUGGACCUUCUCCGAGCCGUUCGACUACGUUCACAGCCGGCUGAUGACCUUCAGUAUUAAGAACUGGCCGGAUCUGGUCAGUAGUAUUUACAACAAUCUUGUCCCAGGUGGCUACGUGGAGCUCAUCGAAAUCGAUCUUCCCGCCAAGUCCGACGACAAUACCCUCACCGAAGAUCAUAACCUCUCCAAGCUAAUCCGUCUACUCGACGAAGCCUCUACUAAAAUCGGUCGUCCGUUUCAAGACAACAAGAAGAACAAAGACAUCCUGCGCGACGCUGGAUUCGUGGACAUUGUGGAGACUGUCUUCAAAUGGCCGACAAACAGCUGGCCGCGGGACAAGAAGUACAAGGAGAUUGGGCAGUGGCACAACGCGAAUAUGGAUGCAUUCAAGGGCCUUGAGGCGCUCUCUAUUGCAGUUCUGACUAGAGUGCUGGGUUGGAGCCAGGACGAAGUGGUGAUCUUUUUAGCCAAAGUCAGGAAGGAAUUCAACAACAAAUCGAUCCAUGCUUACUGGCCGGUAUACUCGACCUAUGGCCGAAAGCCCAUGGAAUGA